UCAUCAGCGCGCGACAAGCGUUUGAAGAAAAGCGCUAUAAUUUGUAGACGUAAAAGCUAAACUGGAUCUUUUAUAUAGCUUUGACCAUAUGAUUUUGGACAAAACAGACACGGAUUAAAAUGAAAAUCCACGUACAGUAACCGCGACGAACAUUAUUCUUGUAUCCCAGGAUAUAUGACUAUUGUUUACAGCCUAAAAGAGGAAUGAACGAGGUGCAGUCAAUGCCGCAGGGACUUUCAGCAGCCUGGGACACGGUGACAUCUGCACUGGUGUCUCCUGUGCCGCCAAAUGCUUCGACCGAUGAUGUUCUCUCUGAGGCCUUGGCCUUGCUGGGUGUUCAUGGACUGGGUCAGUAUGUGGAAGGAUGGCUGCUGGAGACCCUGCAGGUGCGUCUGACUACUUCUGUGGCUCCAGAGUUCUGGACGGGGCUCAAGCAGCCAGAGGGGGAUUCACAGGAGAGGGACAGGGCAAAGGCUUUACUAGAAGCUUUCAGAAACCUUCUCCAGGAGCUGCAACCUUUCCUUGAUGGUCUUGAGAGACUGGGUUCGUGGCAGGAUGAGAGCCGUGGGGGUCUGUCCGGUCCCGGGGCCCGGGGUCUCACAGAGAGGGCUUUCUCUGUCAUUCGUGCCAUUCUCCUGUUCUCCCCUUCACCUGUGCUGCAGGAGCGCGUGUUGGAGUUUUACAGCCGCACGUUCUCCGUGCACAUGAGUCAGGCAGGGGAAGCUGUGGAGGCUGAGGAGGGCGCCAGCGAGCACGAUGAAGGUGGUUUGUGCCCAGGCUGUGCCGUCCUCCCUCACCUGUGUUGGUGUCAGGAAGCUCUAGAGCAGCUUCAAGAGCUCAGCCACAUACUCUCCACACUACAGCUGUUGGAGCGUGUGAGCUCAGAGGCUGUGACCAGCAUCCUGCACCAGCUGAUAGAGCAGAGGAUGGAGCAGCGCUGCAGGGGAGAAUACGAGAGCUCUUUCCUGACAGACUUUGAUGAUUGGUUGGGGCAGGUUUUGGGAUGGCUCAGCAGGGUGUUUGCCAGUAAGGUGGAAGAUGUGGGCAGUGAUGGCACACCUACGGAUAGCACAAGGGGUCAGCCGGCCAACGCUCUCCUCCAGCGCUGGCACUGUCACAUGCACCAGUUCUUCUGCCGUAUUUAUGUGAACAUGAGGAUCGAGGAGCUCUUCAGCAUCAUACGAGAUUUUCCAGAGUCUAUUCCUGCCAUCGAGGAUCUUAAGUUCUGCCUGGAACGGACCAAUCAGAGACAGCAGCUUCUUGCCUCCCUCAAAUCGGCCUUUGAAACACGACUGCUGCAUCCAGGAGUCCACACAUCUGACAUCAUCACGGUUUACAUCUCUGCCAUCAAAGCUCUGAGGGAGCUUGACCCUUCUAUGGUGAUCUUGCAAGUGGCCUGCCAACCCAUUCGCAAAUAUCUCAGAACGCGCGAGGACACUGUGCGUCAAAUAGUGGGCAGUUUGACAGGAGACGCAGAGGGUUGCACUGAUCUAGCCAAUGAGCUCUCUCGAGCUGACCCUGUUACCUUGGAGACACAGGAUAGUGAAGAUGAGGGGAGCGAUCCAGAGGACUGGACCCCAGAUCCCACUGAUGCUCUCACAGAUAAAACUGGCUCUAAACGGCGCUCUUCCGACAUCAUCAGUCUGCUGGUGAGCAUUUAUGGAAGCAAAGAGAUCUUCAUUAAUGAGUACAAGACUGUUCUGGCUGACCGACUUUUGCAUCAGCUCAACUACAACACAGCCAGAGAGAUUCGUAACGUGGAGCUUCUGAAACUGAGGUUUGGAGAAUCCCACAUGCACUACUGUGAGGUGAUGUUAAAGGAUGUAGCAGACUCUCGGCGGAUCAAUUCCAAUAUUCGCGAGGAAGAGAGUCGUCUUCCUGUAGAGGAGCAGUCAACGCUACCGCUGUCUUCCAUGAUCAUCUCAUCUGAGUUCUGGCCCCAGCUGAAGGAGGAGAAGAUGGAACUGCCUCCGGUCAUCUCUAAAGCCAUGGAGGAUUACACGCACCGCUUUGAAAAACUUAAGGCCAUGAGGACUCUGAGGUGGAAGCCUCACUUGGGUUCUGUUACGCUGGAUGUGGAGCUGGAGGACAGAACCAUCGCAAACCUCACCGUGACUCCUAUCCAUGCUGCCAUCAUUUUACACUUCCAGGACAAAGGCACGUGGACGUUGGAAGAGCUGAGUGGUGUCCUAGGCGUGCCACAGGAGAUGGUGCGCAGGAAGUUAGCUCUGUGGCAGCAGCAGGGCGUGCUGCGAGAGGAAGCCGGAGGUCGAUACACUGUGCAGGAGACAAGCUCUUGCAGAGAGAGAUCCGACAGGAGCGUCAUGCUCAUAGACAGUGAUGAAGAGGGAGACUCCAAUACCGCAACGCAGUCGGAGCAAAGAGAAGAGAAACUACAGCUGUUCUGGGCCUACAUUCAGGCCAUGCUGACUAACCUGGAGAGCAUGACUUUGGAGAGGAUACACUCCAUGCUGCGAAUGUUUGUGGCCGCCGGAUCUGGGGUUACUGAGAUGGAUGUGAACGAGCUGCAGGCGUUCCUGCAGAAGAAAGUCAGGGCCCACCAGCUUAUUGUGUCCACUGGUGUCUACAGGCUACCCAAGACCACUCAGUAGUGGAGAUCAGAAAAACAAUAAUGAACUAUUUCAUCAUUUGUAUUUAAAAAAAAAAAAGGUUUGUUUAUUGCGCAAAUAAUAAAAAGACAACACUUUUUGUAAUCGCAUGUUGCAGUCUUUAUGACAUGUAAAAUACAGUGAUGGGGAAAAUGUUUUUUUUGUAUUUCACAACAAAUAGUUUCAGAUUUUUAUCCUGAUGAAACACAGCUUUUAUUCAUUAUUUUGUAUUAAG